AUGACUUUAUCUGAUGAUGACGAAGGGUUUUAUUGUCCUAUUUGCAAUGCUGAUCUAACAGAGCAAGAUAGCAUGUGGAGACAAGUUCAUAUUAAUAAUUGUUUAGCCAAAGAAGGAAAGCCUGAAGAAAAACCAUGCCAAGUUCAGUUAUGCCCGAUAUGCAAUAUGGAUCUAACUCAUGUUUCCGCAAAGAUUGCAGAAUCACAUAUUAAUCAUUGUUUAGAUUCUCAAGCUCAAAAAAAUUCAAUUAAACGCACAUCAGAUCGUUGUCCAUAUUGUGGUGCGAAUCUAAAAGGACUCACAGAACGACAAAAGAAAGUUCAUCAACAAAUGUGCAGAGAAACUGAAAAAGCAACUGAUUCAUCUAUUUAUCAAUAUCCAAAAGUUGUUGAAACACUCGAAACUCCAGCAGAGUGGGAAGUUGCACAAGAAGUUGGACCAAUAACCGUUGAUUCGAAACUUCCGAAUCCUAAAAACGAAGAGGAAAUUCCAAUAUUUGGCGAAGUAUUCACAACAGAUCAACUUCAGUUCGUUGAUAAGCAUUUUUAUUCAAAUCUUCCAAAUAUUGCAAAAUAA